AUCAGUCACUGUGUUGUAUUUGUCACCGACAGAAUAAACACAAUAUUUUAUCACCGUCAAAAACAACAUUCAUACAAAAUGAUCGCCAAGGUGUUCCUCAUCGCCGCUUGCGCGUCCAUCGCCGUCGCCCAAUACGCAGCUUACGCCCCGGAGCCCAAGUAUGCUCCUGCCCCAUACAGCUUCGAGUACAGCGUAAACGACCCACACACUUACGACGUCAAGAGCCAACACGAAUCGAGUGACGGAAGCGGUAACGUAAAAGGCUACUAUAGCCUUUUGGAAGCUGACGGUUCCACCCGUACCGUCGAGUACACCGCUGACGACUACAACGGUUUCAACGCCAUCGUCAAGAACUCUGCCCCAGCUGCUGGCUACAAACCAGCUUACUCCGCCCCAUCAUACUCUGCCUACAAACCAGCAUACUAAUUUGUUUUCCUCCAGUCACAAUAAUCAUGUGAACCAUUACUACUAUUACACUAUCUUCUUUGUCUCAUCAUCAUGUUUUCUUCGCGUGCACCAGCUCUCUAGGCUCUCAUGGCGUUCGUUUUAAUAUGUGAACCGCGGUCGCAAAGUCAUACCACACCAUAUUAUUAUGUAUAUAGGUAUCGUAGAUAUAGGAACACGACAACGGGUAUUUUAGUGUCGCCGUCGUCGAGAAAAUCGAAAGAGACUCAGUGCACCGGUACUGAACUCCGGCAUAAAAAAAAAACACCCCUAUUGAUCGAUAUACCUAAUAAUAAUAUAUCACUGUAUUAUAGUGUCGUGUUCCUGUUUUGUAUAAUACAUAUUGUCUUCUGUUCGUCGAACACAAAAAUCCUCAUGUUCUUAUCAUUCAUUCACCAUAUUAUACUGUUAUGUACAUAAUACUAUAUUAUAGUUGUUAACUAAUGUAAACUAACACAAUUUUAGUUGUACUUACUUGUUUUGAAUUAUUAAUAAUAAAACCUAUUCAUAUAAUUA